AUGGCGACCAAGCAAGAGCUGGUGGAUGAUCUAGCCGAAGAGGAAGAAGCUUUGGUGCCCAUGGAGCUGGCCGCCUGUUUUCCCGAUAUGACGCCGGUGGACCCAGCUGUAGAACAAGCCAAGGGUGGUAAAACUCUGGUAGCUGGCUGUUGUGCUGAGUUUGCCCUGGGCCUAUCCAAGCUCCUAGCCAAGUAUAUGGACGUUUUCCGCCUUACGCUUGGCCGCGACCCACCGGUGGACAUGCCACCUUUGAAGGUGCAUCCGACAAAGAACUCCAACCCUGUGCGUUGCAAGGCUAGACGCUAUUCCCUCCCUCAGCGUGAGUUCAUGCAGAAGCAUGUGGAAGAGCUAGAGAAGGCUGGUUUCAUCUAUCGAAACCCAACCAGCCGAUGGGCGUGUGCCCCUCUGAUCGUGCGCAAGCCUCAUACCAAGGACAAAUUCCGUAUGGCGGUGGACCUACGCCCAGUCAACAGCCAGACGGAGCAGAUUGCCUGGCCUAUGCCCAUGUUGGAAGUUGUGGUGGAUCACCUGCGUGGAGCCACCUGCUUUUUCAUCGAUAGUGUGGCCUAUUGCCAGUCUACGGUCCAAGCCAUGUUCGCUGAGCAGCUGUACAAGUGCCUGCUAGCCUGGUUGGACGACCUCCUGGGCUAUCACAAGACACCAGCUGGCCUUCAGUUGGCCCUAGCUGAAGUGCUUGAAGUUUGCGCCAAACGUGGCCUGAAGCUACACCCAAAAAUUCGAGUGGACGCUCUACAGCGACUGCCCGAGCCCAAGACUGGUGCCGACCUCCAGCAGUAUGUAUGCGCCCUCAACUGGAUGCAUAUGUCCAUCCCUGGUUUCAACGUGUUGGUACGGGAUCUGACAGUUGUGCUGGAACGUGUGUUUUCUUCAGUCGGGGGGAAACGCACCAAGCAGCUGGCGGCUACUGUGCUGCUGACGGACGUUGGCUGGAACGACACUCACGUGGCCGCACUGGAAGCCACCAAAAAGGCGCUGGCCAAGGUGGUGGAGCUCAGCCACCCCAAGCCAGAGAUGCGGCUCUGUGUGUUCGCUGAUGCCUCCGAAGAACACUGGGGUGCAGUCAUCACCCAAGUCCCACCCGACCAGUUGAAUCGGAAGUUUGAAGCCCAAUCCCACGAGCCCCUCAUGUUCCUGAGUGGGACAUUCACGGGGGCAGCUGGACGCUGGGCCAUUGUGGAGAAGGAAGCCUAUGCCAUCGUGGUGUGGGCUGACCACCUGCUGCAUCCUGCCGCUGGUUUCAACCUCUACACUGACCAUCGGAACCUGAAGUUCAUAAUCAACCCGACAGCUGUGGUGGCCUCUGGAUCGCCGUUGAAGUCCAUUUGUGCCAUCAGUCAAGAGCUACUGAAGGUGUUACCUUUGCGGAGCAGCCCUUUCGAGUGGCCUACGCUUGUAGCCAUUGGGACUGCCCAACGUGACAGCCUGGACACCAACACCAUCGCCGCUCUAUCCCUAGAGUUCAGCCAGCUGGCCGAUCAUCAAAUCAAGCUGGACACCGGUGAUCUGUGGCAGCUGCGACUAGUCAACCAAGUGUUGUGGGUGCCAGAUGAAGCCAGCGAGCUCCAGCUACGCCCAACCCUGGACAGCUUGGUGGCCUUUUGUUGGUGGACUACCAUGGAGAAGGACGUGCAGUACUUUGUGGACCGUUGUCUGCAUUGCACUAGCGUAUCUGGUGGUGCACCCAGACCUUUGGGGGAAGCCCUACACUCUGCCAAGCUAAAUGGUCUCCUGCACUGGGACUAUCUGUUUGUGGGAGACUCCAAGACAGGCGACAAGUACCUGUUCGUGAUAAAGUGUGAUGCCAGCAAGCUGGUGUGGCUAUUUCCAUCAAUGGAAGCCACGGCUGUGUUUACCAAGGACUGUCUGCUUCAGUGGCUUGCUGUGUUUGGUGUGUGCUACGAGUGGGUUUCCGAUCAAGCAUCCCACCACCAUUUCACCACUGCUCGCUGUCCAUGGGCUAAUGGGACCGUCGAGGUGGUUAUGCGUCAGCUGCAACUACUGUUUCGGGCAUGCCUCAGUGAGUGGCGCAUGGCUACGACCCAUUGGAAUGAGAUCCACGUGGUAGUCAUUCUCAUCAUGAACCAGCUGCCCUCCCCAUCCCUUGGCGGCGUGGCCCCCGUGACCGCUAUGUCCGGCCGUCCAGCCAUGUCACAUCUGGACACCAUCAUUCUUCCUGGCUCUCUCAAGUCUGCUACGCUGGCGGAGAUCGAGUCAAUGCAACGUGGCAACUCGACCAAGCGCCGUGACCGAGCCCGCAAGACCCAUAACAAGAAGCGAGGCAUGCAAAUGGCCCAAUUCGUUGUUGGAGAUUACGUGCUCUAUCAAGACGUGUGGCAGCACCAUUGGCCAACUGUUGUGACAGCUGUGGCCAGCAGCUGGCUAUACGACGUCAAGAACCUCAUCACUGGUGACGAGAGGGAAGCCCAUGCCAGCCGCCUCAAGUUCUACGCCGAUAAGAGUUUGCAUGUGUCUGAAGAUUUCAAAAAGCACGUGACCCACAACUCUGAAGGCUACGAAGUGGAGGCCAUUGUGGAUACCCGCUAUAUGGCCGCCAAGAAGGCCGAUGAAGUGCUGAUCAAGUGGCGCGGCCUAAAAGACGUUGAGAACUCCUGGUAG